UUCUUCCUUAUAUCCAGUCUAAACCUCUCCUCUUAUAGUUUGAAACCAUUUCCCUUUGUCCUAUCACAACAGCCCCUGCUGUUUAUCCCCUCCUUUCUUACAGUCUCUCUUUUAGAUACUGACAGGCUGCUCUCAGGCCUCUCCAGAGCCUUUUCGUCCCCAUGCUGCACAGCCCCAGCUCUCAGCCUGUCCUCACAGGGAGGUGCUCCAUCCCUUGGGUCAUUUCCGUGGCCCUCUUCUGAACAAAUGUUAGACAGCAAACACACUUCUUUAAUUUUCUGGGAUACGCUCACCCUUGCCAUGAUUACAUUGCAGUGCACAGUCAUCAUCAGCAUCAAAAAUUGUAUAGAAACAUCAAUAAUGACAAAUGCAGCAUUCUUGAUGUCAGGAAGCCAAUCUUUAGAAGUAAUCUGAAUGAGAACAGAACAAUGGCCCGGAUCAGGAAAGAGCCCCAACACAGGAAAACAGAUGGGUGUUGGCGUAGAGUCAGGAGUGGAAAACAAAGCAAAUGAAUCAUUAGUAAUUUAAGAAGAAAAUGAAAUACUGACAGAGGACAACACGGUGUGGAAUGCAGAAGCAAGCUGUAAUAAAUAAAAUAUGCAGAUGGAAAAAAAUGUAAGUCCAGAAAAGUAGUGACAGAAUUAAACUGAAUCCAGGGAUGGUGAGUGAUUCAGUUCAAGUGGCAGGGAGGAAAAUCAAUCAUCUGCCUCAAAAGCUGCCCAUCCACACAACAUUCGUGUCUGCACUCAUCUGGAGCCCAUGCAAAGCAAACACCUGCAGCUCGCUCAUGGAAUGGCCUGCUGUUUGCUUCAGUUAUAGCCUCAGCCAGGGCAUAAAUGCAGGGGCAACACUGCUGCCUUCAAAUGAAAGCAGAAGUAAAACAGGAGCUCUCUGCUCACCUGGCACAACAGGCAGGAACACACAGAAAUAAGUGACCUAGAAUCAAAUUUAGUAACGUAUUCAUGAGAUCAACAUCCAUCCCGCAGCUGUAAAAAUCUUGUAUCAAAGCAGCACUAAAGAAACAAAGGAAGCUUACUAAAGCAGGAAACAAAUCUUGACAGGCAAAGAACAGCAGCUUAACCACCGCAGGUGGCUGGAGGUAGGAAAGAAAAUCCUGUUUGUAUUCCUGUCUCCUAGCACCGGGCACCUGAACACAGCCAAAGGAACCUGCCUGCUGUCCCUAGCACAAGUGGAGCAAAGGCACCACUUUUGGGAAAGAUCCUUCUGCUGAGCUGCCAAACCACAGCAAGAAGUAGUGACUUUCUUUUUCAUCAAGCAGCUUGGACAAGAAAGCAAGAUUCACUGGUGUGGAAACUCUGAACCAUCAUGUUAAAAAGCCAGUGAAGGAAAUAAGAUAUUUACCAUAAGAUUUUUACUACAGCCCUGAGAUGGAGCUGCUGAGAUGGAUUAUCAGCUCUACAGCACAUAAGCAGGGAGAAUUCUAACAGAACAUGAACCCAGGAGAGAAAAUUUUCCAAGAAUAUCUGACAAACCAGGGGACAGUGGUAAAGCCCUAUCGCUGGCAGACACAGAGCCAAACCUGUGCUAAGUGUCCCUACCACAUACGGACAGGUGAAGAAGCAAGAGUUCCUUACUCAGAGUUUCUCAGGGCCUUUGGAUUCCCAUGCAGAAGCACGGCACAUCCACAAACCCACCACCUUCUCUUCUACGAACUGAGGAGCUUCUCUGGCACCGUAGUCCAAAAAGGCCACGCCAGCAGCUGUGCUGAGCAGGACAGCCACCCAGAAUCCAUGCUGUUUGAGCCAGACGGUUAUCUGGAUGCAGUGAUACAUGCUUACGGAAACACUGGCUGCAUCACCCUCUAUUCAAACUACUCUCCUUGUAACGAGGCUUACCAUUGUUGCAUAAGUAAAAUCUACAACUUCUUGCUGAAGCACCCAGAAACCACGCUCUGCCUCUACUUCUCCCAGCCUUACCACGUCGAGGACAGCUUCCCUACGGCCGUGUGGAACCGCCAAGCCCUGCGCAGCCUGGCCAGCCUGUGGCCACAGGUCACACUGCAACCACUGCCCACGUGGAUUCGGUGUCACCUCCUCUCCAACUUCGUGUAUGGCAUCCCAGGGUCAACACUUCAGCAUCCGGCUUCACCGCCAGGAACUGUAUCAAAUGGACAGAAUCCACAUCGAAUUAAUAACUUAAGAGGAGUGAAAACCUAUUGUAGGAAAGCAUUUCCACAAGCAACACACGAAGAGCCUGCAGUGCAGCAAAACCCAAAGGCUUUUUCUCGCCCUGCCUUCCAGCAGCUUUUACCAGCAACAGAGGGCAGCCUGCCACAUCCCGUGCCUCAAAGACACUCAAUGCUUUUUCCAGGCUUGUUUCUGCCCUCCCAGAGGGAAUGUCUCCACCCCAGACCUAUAAAUAUUGUAAGGCAUUUAAAAAUGCCAAAGGACUUAAUUAAUGAAAGUCGUAAUCCUGAAGCGCUGUUGGCCAGCAGGAACCGACAGCAAAGGUGACAGAACCCAAACCACCUCCAGGCUGUAAAACCAAGAGCACAAGCAGCCCAAAACCCCACAGGUAUUGCUUCUGAUGAACAUUAAUGUGGGGAACAACUGUGGAACUUGAAAAAUAACUGACUGUGAGGAUAACGGUACGAGUGCUGUGUUCAGUUCUGGGCAAGACACUGAGGUUCUGGAGUGUGUCCAGAGAAUGGCACGGAGCUGUGCGGGGCAUGAUGGGGAGAAGCUGAGGGAAUAGGAUGGGGCAGCGUGGAGAAAAGGAGCUCAGGGGAGAGACUUCAUUGCUUUUUCCCACUGUCUGAAAGGAGGCUGUGGUGAGGUGGAGUCAGCCUCUGCUCCCGGGUAACAGGUGAUCACAGAAUUGCCAG